ACUCUCUUUCUUUUUUUUUCACUUUUCAACAAUGUCUCCAUCUAUUCUUAAAACAAACCAAGUCUCUACUGAUGCUGACUUUGACUUGCAAAAAUGGUUAAAAGAAAUUGAAGGAGCAGAAAACUUGAUGAACGAAGUUGAGACAAAAGCAGACAACUUGCAAGCAAAAGUCGAUGCACUUUUACUCGAAGUCGGUCAACCCUUUGUCACCCAAGACUUGGAUAAUACUAUUCAAGCUGUACAAAACGUCACGCUUGACUCUGAGAAACAAGACAAGCAACAAGAACAAUAAUAAAAAAUACAUGGAAAUACAUAUACCC